AUGCUUGUGUGGCAGGAACCAGUGACCUUCGAGGACAUCGCUAUCUAUCUGAGCCGUGCAGAGUGGGACACCAUUGCGGCGGGGCAGAGGGAGCUAUACCGCAGCGUCAUGCUGGACAACUACCAGCUCUUGACAUCUCUGGGUUACCCAGGCCCCAAACCUGACAUUUUAUACCGGAUGGAGCAUGGGGAAGAGCCAUGGGUCUGCACACCGCAGAGCCCAGUGAAAUGGGAUGGACCUGACAGCCCCUCUCCAGGUGCCGUGCGCUGGAGGAGAGGACACAGACCCCCUGCCAAGGGUCCCCCCUCUCCCUGUCUCAUCACAAUGCCCCAGCCAGAAAGACAACAAACUAUUCCCAGCCCUCUCUCAGCAGGUCGGUGCAUACAGUGGCGGCUCCGGUCUAGAAGACUGCUGAACAAGUUCACGCGUCUUGGGGGUAGGAGUGAGUUGCCGGCAGAGGCGUCUGGCAGAGGAGUGGGGCCAGUGGAAAGCCAAGACCAGGCACGGACAGUCUUCUUGCCUGCGAAGGAAAGACAAGUAGAGGAUAAACAAGAGGUCGAGGCAAACUGUCCCCUGAGAGAACACGACUACUGCAGGAACCGCAAGGUUGGUGUCUCAGUGCUUAAAGACCACGAAUACUGUAACAUGCAGAGGAUUUGUUUUCAGGGCAGAGUUAAUAAAAUUGUUGGCCUUACUGGUAAGGAUCGGGCUGUGCUUCACAGGCUGGCAAAGCGAAAUUCCCAAACAGGGCGAAUCAUCAGGAAAGCCAAGCGAACACUGUGGCAUUACAAGCCUUGCGCCAACAAGAGGUUGGACUUUCCUCGGAGUUCCUCUAGCACCAGCCAUCUUUCUGAAUCCGUUGUCCCUCCCGCUAAGGCAGAAGACGACCCCACGAAGGGAACGUGUGAGGCAUUUCAUUCUGCAAAGCAGGAGACUCUGCCCCUGCAGCCUCAGAGUGAGGGUACCUCCCAAGGGGUGACAUCAGACGCACUUUGCAUGCCUGUGGUGUCUUUUGAACCGGUGGCUGCACCCCCACCCUCAAAUGGAGUUGUGGAGGUGAAGAGGGAAGUGACGCACCCCAUACACCGCAAGGUGCAGAGGGCACGGCUGAUCCGGAGCCCUGAUGCUAAGCAAAAAGUCGAAGGACAUGAACUCGUUAAUUCAAAUUACAUAUCACUGCAUGAUGCAUAUAAAAUAGUGAUGCGGACUGUCGACCACAUGUUGGACUCCGUAUGCCAGAACUUCGAGCUCGGCGGCUACUCUCAACGUAAGGAUAUCUGGCCCAUCGUCAUUCAGAUAGACAGCUGA